GGUUUCACGAGAGGAGUUUAGGCAGGAAAGCUUCGGAAGCGAAGUUCCAUUUUGCUCGCAGCAAGAAGCCCCGAACCGCUCGCACAACAACGGAAGCACUAGCCGUUUGACGCACGCACCUUCCCAACGGACGGCCGCGGCAAUCUCCCACGAGCGAUCGUGCCAGCACUGGCAGCAACGUUGGCUACCGGAGCCGAGCUCAUCGCCUCGGUGCAGACAUGGGGUCCACAAUUGAGGAGGUCAUGCGGCGGCGGCAGAAGGAGGCCGCCGACGCGUAUGAGGCCAUGUGGGCGAACGGCGCCGGCUCGCACCACCCUGACUACGACCCCGAGGUCCCCGCCGGCCCCCGGGUGGUCAAGGCCAGUCGGGCCACUGAGGAGCUGUACGGCGCCAUCGUGCGCAACGACCUGCACACGGUGUACGACAAGAUUGAUGAGGGCGCAGACGUCAACUUCGUGUUUGGGCCCGCCUACUCCUGCCCCGAGGGCUACACGCCGCUCAUGGUGGCGGCGCACCGCGGCCGACUGGAGGCGGCGCGGGCGCUGCUGCGCGCGGGCGCCGACCCCAACUACAUAAACUACGGAGGUGACAGUGUGCUGUUCUGGGCCAUAGACGGCGGCCCGGCGCUCAUCCGGCUGCUGCUGGACUACGGCGCGGACGCCGACGCCGUGACGCCGCGGGGCUGGACCGCGCUGAGCUACGCCAAGGCCAAGGGCAAGUACGGCGCAGUGGAGGACAAGGGCAUCUACCCCGAGGACGUACUGCUGUACCACGGCGCCAAGGUGUACGGCGAGGGGCCCCCGGCACUGGGCAGCCGCUCCCCCCGCCACUCCUACAACCCGGCUGACCCGGCCUUCCUGCGCGAGCGCGGCAGCUACCAGAGCCCCUUCCCCGAGCCCUGAGGCGCAAGGCGUGAGGUCUGGGAAGAUGCGGGGACGGAGGUGCAGCGUGGCAGGUGCAUGGCAGGAGUGUGUGGCAGGCGCGGUGGAGUUCUGUAGCGGAGUGGGGACGGGAAGGCGAGGGAGGACCAAGUGUCAGUUAGAGGACUUGUCGGGGCGGCGAAGGAAGGUGGUCAGCUACUGUGCGACGUCUGCGGGUAAGGCACUUAGGUGCCCUGAAGGUUAGCGCGGGUGUGGAAUGGGUUUCAGGGUCGGUCAUGAGUGAAACCCUCGCCCGUGUGUCCGUAUGACGAAAGCGUGGGGGAAGGGCGUGUAGGCGAGAUGGCAUCUGGCAGAGGCAGCGAGCGCUCGGACGGAGAUGCCUGCGGCGAGGGGGAUGAGCGAUCAGAUGAGCGAUGCGAGAGUCUGGGUGUGUCCGAUCGCUGUGGUGCCAUGAUGCCGCUCUCGGGACGACAUUUCUUUCAUGGCUGUCAAGUUAAGUUAUACCCAUGCC